GACACGGAAGUGGUCGUCGUCGCGGCGGCACCGGUGGGAGCAGGGCGCGGGGCUUAGAGUGCUGCGGGAAGGAGGGCGGGCGGCAGCGGUCUCGCACCUUCGGUGGCGGAGAAAACAGGCGUCGUCGGUUGGGUGCGAGUCAGCUGAACCGACGAGCAGUUUUUCAGCCCGUUCCCUGCCCGUCGGUGCCUCAGAGCCGGGAUCCGUUCUGCCGGCGUCACCAUGACCAAGGCCGGUAGCAAGGGCGGGAACCUCCGCGACAAGCUGGACGGCAACGAGCUGGACCUGAGCCUCAGCGAUCUGAAUGAGGUCCCCGUCAAGGAGCUGGCUGCCCUCCCAAAGGCCACCGUCCUGGAUUUGUCCUGCAAUAAGCUGAGUACACUACCAUCGGAUUUCUGUGGCCUCACACACCUGGUGAAGCUGGACCUGAGUAAGAACAAGCUGCAGCAGCUGCCAGCAGACUUUGGCCGUCUGGUCAACCUCCAGCACCUGGAUCUCCUCAACAACAGGCUGGUCACCCUGCCUGUCAGCUUUGCUCAACUCAAGAACCUGAAGUGGCUGGACCUCAAGGAUAACCCCCUGGAUCCUGUCCUGGCCAAGGUGGCGGGUGACUGCUUAGACGAGAAGCAGUGUAAACAAUGCGCCAACAAGGUGUUACAGCACAUGAAGGCCGUGCAGGCGGAUCAGGAGCGAGAAAAGCAGCGGCGGCUGGAAGUAGAGCGAGAAGCUGAGAAGAAGCGGGAGGCCAAGCAGCGGGCUAAGGAGGCGCAGGAGCGGGAGCUGCGGAAGCGGGAGAAGGCAGAAGAGAAGGAGCGUCGCAGAAAGGAGUACGAUGCUCUUAAAGCAGCCAAGCGGGAGCAGGAGAAGAAACCCAAGAAGGAAACAAAUCAGGCUCCGAAAUCGAAGUCUGGCUCUCGCCCCCGCAAGCCGCCACCCCGGAAACACACCCGGUCGUGGGCUGUGCUGAAGCUGCUGCUGCUGCUGCUGCUGUGCGUGGCUGGCGGGCUGGUGGCUUGUCGGGUGACAGAGCUGCAGCGGCAGCCCCUCUGCACCAGCGUGAACACCAUCUACGACAAUGCGGUCCGGGGCCUGCGCAGCCACGACAUCCUCCGGUGGGUCCUGCAGACCGAUUCUCAGCAGUGAGCUCGUCCUCAACACACCUGCUGCCUCCCGGCCUUGGAGCUUGGAUUCCUAUGGAAUUGGGUUCUGCUGGACACAACCUCUUUUUAGCGUCAGACCUACCUGCCGUCAUCAAAUGGCUGCUGAUUGGUACUUGAGAACUCCUCUGUAGGACUUCUUUGUCCCUUAGUCAGGGUUCCCUGGUGGAAUAAGGUGAAACGGGAGGUGGGGACAGUUACCUGCAUGCCUGAGGAAUAGCCUUGGGGGUGGGGAGAGGAAAAAACAGCCUUUUCUAGUUGUUCUACAAAGCUGUGUGAGGCAAGGCUUGUUUCUACUAAAUGGUCAGCUGUCACUACAUUUAUACUUUUGUAUGUCACCAACACUUUCUUUCAUUCCUCCCUGGGCGGCCAGGGCAGAUCAGGAGGCAGCGUGUUACUGGGGACAGGGGGAUUUCCACACUCAGCAAAUCUGGCAUAAAUUGGGAGGGAGGGCACAUCUAUUUUCUUAAGGACCUCAGACAUUCAAACCUAUUAACGAUUAGAGAAAAUCUCAGCCCAUGAAAGGGACCAGAACCAUUCAUUCCAAUCUAAUACUUGAGACAGGGAAACUGAGUCCUUCCAUGACUUCCCUGUGGUCUCCUAGCUUGAGGCAGAACUGGGCUCCCACUACAGAAUCCUCUUUCCAUCAUUUUGCCUCUUUUACCAUGUCCUGAGAACAGAACUCAGACCAGACUGACUCUUAGCCGUGAGUCUUGGGCAGCUUCUGCGGUGUGCUGGCCCAACUUACAUGGCUUCCAUCAAAUGGGGACCGCCCAAGCUCUCUGCCUGUUUCAGCACAUUCACUGCGGUUGCCAGUGGAUAAGGAAGCAGUUCUGCCUGGCCAGGCCACACUGGUGACAGCAGUUAGUAGUUGGUGUGAAUACAUACCUCAAAGGCAGCCUAAAAACUCAAGCUUCAUAGAAAUUAAGAUCUAAAUUGUUUUCUAGACCUCUGACUAUACCUGUAGCUCACGGGGAGCCAGUGGCAUCAGGGGGCUCAGAAGUAGGGCCCUCUCUCUCGAAACUGACAGGUAGGGGCAGGUGGCUGUUCUCAGUCUGCCAGCUUCAGCUUUUCUCACUCUGGCCUCACCUUUCACAGCAGCUACAUGAAUCUGUUCAGAACAGAGAGUGGGUCCAGCCUCUCCUGAUGGCCCAUGUGGACAGGACUGCCACUUGUGAUGUCCUGAUCCUGAAAGAAACGACACGUUCUCCCCCGAAGAGAGCUCUGCUGCAUAGGCCCACACCUUUCUCAGUCUCUACACAUCCCUUUAGUCUUCCUCUAAACUCCAGAGCCAUUGGUACAAAUGCUUUAUUGAAACUAAACAUACAGUACGCGAGACAAGAUUGAGAGAACAGAAGCCGGCACAGGGAUCGGCUCCUGCGCCUGCCGACCCACUGCAGGCAGCUCGCGCGUGCGCUCUAGACUGGAUGCUGAGGUUCUUUUGCAUUUCUACAUUAUUAAAUAUGUGUCUGAGUGG